UGAAUCGGGAACGAAUCGAGCACUUUACGGCUGGGCUUGUUGCGUUGCGUCAAGACCGAUAACAAGGUCUCCAACGUAUCAAGCCUGCGUCUGGCAGCAUCGCAAUGUUUCCCAUCCCAGUCCCCGAAGAAUAUGGAGUAUCCAGCACGAAUGGCUUUCUGCCUACAGAACUCCCGAUCGAAUCACUACCCGACUCAUACUACGAGCCAUGGGAGUAUGUCGUCAAGAACCUCCAAGGACUCGUGCUGAGCAAGAGAUUGAGAGAAAUCGUGGAGAAGCUCCCUGUGCUAUCAACAGAUAGACUAUCGAGCGAGGCGGAAUGGCAUCGCGCGUACAGCGUGCUGGCGUUUGUUGCUCAUGCCUACAUCUGGGGAGGCGACAAGCCUGCGGAGAGGGUACCACCUUCUGUUACGGUGCCGUUCAAGGCUGCUUGCAAGCAUCUCGAGCUACCUCCAGUGGCAACGUAUGCUGGUCUAGUGCUGUGGAACUGGAAGCCCAUCUUCGACACCGAACGCGCAGACACUUUGGCCAACCUGGACACCAUCAACACCUUCACCGGAUCUCUCGACGAGAAGUGGUUCUACUUGAUCAGCAUUGCCGUUGAAGCUCGAGGCGGUGCCAUCAUACCCCUCAUGCUCAAUGCCAUCGAUGCUGCAAACCGAGGCAAUCGUCACACGGUCACGUUAUGCCUCCAGUCGUUCGCAGAGCGUCUCGACGAGCUCGGCGCCAUGCUCGCACGCAUGUACGACAACUGCGACCCGCACGUCUUCUACCAUCGCAUUCGUCCCUUUCUGGCUGGCAGCAAGAACAUGGCGGACGCUGGCCUUCCCAAUGGGGUCAUCUUCGAUGAUGGUGGACCAAUCAAUAAGCAGCGAUACGUGCAGUUCAGCGGCGGCAGCAACGCCCAGUCCAGCAUCAUCCAGUUCUUCGACAUUGUCCUCGGUGUUCAGCAUCGUGCUACUGGCGUCAGCAAAGACACAACAGCGAACGGCACACCACCCAAACCAGCGAAGCCGAACAGCAACUUCAUUUAUGAGAUGCGCAAGUACAUGCCAGGACCGCACGCUCGCUUUCUGGAGCAGGUCGCCCGCGUGGCCAACAUCCGCGAGUUCGUCCAAGCUCAUCGGUACGACCGUGAUCUCAGCCUCGCAUUCGAUGCGUGUCUCGCGAUGCUCAGUGCGUUCCGGGACACGCACAUUCAGAUGGUCAGUCGCUACAUCAUCAUCAAGAGUCGCGAGGCGAAGAAGAAUGAAUCUGCAAAGGAGGAGAAGGAAAAGUCAUCGAAGAAGAUCAACCUCGCUCAGCCUGCGAAGACUUUCGGAGAAGACGGUGCGAAGAUCAAAAAGGACUUGAAAGGCACUGGCGGAACCUCUCUGAUCCCCUUCUUACGCCAAGCGCGUGAUGAGACUGGGGAACAAGCGGUGGAGACUUGGACUCGACGUAUGCUCAGCAAAAAGGGUGGUUCGACUACCGGCGAGUUGGUGGCUGAGAUCGAGCAAGGCCUUGCGGGCAUGUGGAAGGUUGAAGAUGGAGGCUUGUGUUAUUGGUAAAUGUUGAACACCUCCUUCAUCUCGCUCUGUCCUUGAUGAUGCUUCACAGCACUGCAUAGUCUAUUAGCGGGACAACAUGAUCUGUAUGAAUAAUGAAUGAGUAAUC